GAUGGGCGGCAUAUUUCAAAUUUGGAGAUUAUCGCAACAACAUGUUUCAUAUUUCCUGCGUAUUGGCUUUCCUGUUACUCGUACCGAAAGGAAGUGAUGCAGGUUUCCUGCAAGACAUUAAUACCAAUGCACCCGUGGCUGCGACACGUGUACAUUACCCAGCUGGUCCUAUAGCAAAAUUCUUGCGCAAUUAUGCGGCCGCGGGAAAUGUUAAAUUCGCGCAAGCGUAUAGCCCGGGCGUUGUAUACACUUCAAAUCCCUUACCAUAUCUUUCUGCGGAUGCUUCCUACACGCCAUCAAUAAAUUAUCACACACGAUUACAUCCUAUUACUACCUAUACCAGUGGUGCUAUGGGCAGGUCUACGGCAUAUCAAUUUGCUACACCUUUACCCAUUACGCCUCCUUACGAGGCACCUGUUGCCCCGGUCAACUUUGACAAUUAUAAUGGUCCAAGAACUGUUUUGAGAUAUGGACCACCCAUAACCACAACUACAACCACCACUUAUACAACGCAAUCGCAUUUAACGCCACUUGGUAGCCAUAACUGGUAGAAUGCAAUAAUAUGCAAGUAUAUGUAUAUAUAUAUAUAAAUACGUAUAACUCUACUCAUUUAUUGAAAGAUUUAUUAUUGACCUGAAACUGUUUACAUUUUCUAUUUAAUUUUUUUUUUUUUUUCUUCUUCCAAGACUUAUUGAAUACAUUUUUACGAAACUGUUCGCUGAUAGAAAAAAAAAAGAAGUCUAUCAGAGAAAGGGAUUUAAAACAUUGUAGUCGAGCAAUGCUAACCAUUUAAUACCUAAUGCCAUUUUCUGUACGACAAUUCCUCAUUUAUGUGCGAGGUAAGAUACUGAAAAUUAUAACUUGUUUCCAUGUGCUGGCACAUGGGAGAUGUGGAUCAAGAAAAUAGAUAUACAUUCUUCAAAGUAAAAGCUUACUGCUUGUGAGAGCAAUUAUAGGAUAGAGAGUUCAUAGCAUGUAUCUUACUCGAGAAAUUCUUUAAAUUGCACUUUUUUUUCAUAUAACGAUUUUUUUUUUGCAAGAUCACGCAUGAUAUGUGAAAUGUUCGCAAAACUGGUCCGAUCAAAUACGUUUCCAAUAGCACUGGUUUUUGAAGCAAAACAAAUCCGGUGCGCCGGACAUCGGAUGGAUAGACGGGCAGACAAAUUUAAAACGAAUUAAAAAAAAAAACAUAUUACACACAUAUAUCCGAACAAACAAAAUGUACAUUAUAUCAUAAGUAAGGUUGAGUAUAAAAAUUUGUAUCCAGCUUAGGUCGGAUAUAUAAUAUCCAUCCAUUAAUUGGGCACACCCACAACACAGUAUAGUUAAACUGCAAAAUAUUUUCCAUUGAUAUGAGUUUUCGAUUCUUUAGCAUCACAUUCAUUUAAUGUAUUAUUCCAGUUAAUCUCUCCCCCAAUUGGAAAAUUUCAAUAUUAAUAUUGUCAAGAUUUUUCCAACAUAACAUGUCCAGCAACCGUAUGCUCUAUCUAAGGACGAGGACAUGGCCCUAGUAAGAGGAUAAUAUAAGAUUUUGUUUAGAUCAAACAUAAGAAAGGAAAGCAUAUAUAUAUAUAAGAAUAAGCAGUUGUUACGUAUGGCCUGUCAAAAUUAAUAUAUCUCUUGUCUAUUAAGUACAUUAGUAAAAUAUUGUUGUUUAUUAUUACCCAAAACAACACAUCAUUUAUAUAGAUAUUUAGACCUUUAACAGUUUUUUGAACUCAAAAUACUAAUAAAUAUCUUAAGUAUAACCGACCAGCAAUUAAUUGAUAAUUACACCACUUUGUGGUAAUAAUAUGUUCAG